AUGGAAAAUCAUCCUAGUACCAGUUCCCAUUGUUAUCAUCAAUCUCUUUCUAUUUCAAACAACUUUCAUCUUGAUCAUUGCCACCCUCAACUAGAACGUCAUGAAGAAAAACCAUCAAGAUUACCCAUCUUUGACUCUACUACACAUGUCCCAUCAGACGAUACUAUGAGGUUCAACCAACCCCACAAUAAUCUCAAAAGGAAAAGAAGUAGAUUCUUGAAAAUUGGUGGUAACUCCUUGAAAAUUACAAGUCCCGCUUCUUCUUCUUUUUCUGGAGUUAGUAAGCCUAAAAUUACCAAAAAACCGCCAGACCCAAGUGCUCCCAAGAUUACUAGGCCAUGUACUGAAUGUGGUAAGAAGUUUUGGUCAUGGAAGGCUCUAUUUGGUCACAUGCGUUGUCAUCCUGAACGCCAAUGGCGCGGCAUUAACCCUCCUCCUAAUUUCAGGCCCGGACACAAUAAUAAUGUUGAUUCUCCAAAUUCAGGUUCAGAAUUUAUCCCUAGAAAAAAACACAAAUCAUCAAUUUCUAGUGCAACUGUGACCGAUGAAGACCACGAAGUUGCCGCCUGUUUGUUACUACUGGCCAAUGGAACAAAACCUGAUGACAUUGUAAAUAAUGCUGAACCUGUUGACGAUGUUGUGAGGGACAAGAACAUUGUGGAUAUUGCUGCAUCAGAGCCUUGUUCUUCUUCAGGUCGAUUCGAGUGUUCGGGUUGCAAGAAGGUGUUUGGAUCACACCAAGCUUUAGGUGGACACAGGGCUAGUCAUAAAAAUGUGAAGGGUUGUUUUGCAUCAACAUCAGUUUCAGGUUCAGGAUUAACACAAGCUGUUAAUACUAAUUUGGAUCUAAAUUUUCCUCCUCCUAUUACAUUAAUGUCAGGUGAAGAUCAGUAUGAUUCUUCAUCUUCCUAUUCUUCUGCUUAUUCAGGCUCUGCAUUGGACUUAAGGUUGAGGCUAUAA